GAUCGUGGCCACCUGUUUCUGCCUCCAUCCAAUGGGAGCGAGCGGGGGUGGGGUGAGUUGAAGGGAGGGCAGGGAAGUUGCAGGAGAGGGUGAGAGACGCUCAUCCGCGUCCGCGCCGUGCGGCGAUUGAGUGGAAGCGCACGUAUUCAAUCACUUGGCUCGCGCCGACGUGCGCGCAUACAUUUUGAGGUGGUUUCUCUUGGUUGCGAGAGAGAGAGACAGAGAGAGAGAGAGACGCGCAAGCCACAGGUUGACUGACACAUCUCGCCACGGCUCGUCGUCCGUGAGCGACCGCCGUGUCCGACGGCGGCGACGUCGUCGUCGAAGUGGAUCCCCGCGGACGGCUCGCCCAGGAUGGGGAAGCACGCCGAGUGAAGCGCGUCGAACGAGGACGAGGAGGGCGGAGGAGAGAGGAGGAAAGGCGAGGGGGCGUUGGAGUGUCGGGACGCCGUGCGCAAAGCUCGAGAGGCGGCUUGGUGGACUUGUGGAGGAAGCCUCAUGCACGGAGGCGACCGCUGGGGAAGAGAGACGCAGAGACGAGACGCACGGAGAGAAAGCGAGAGGAUGAUGGCAUGGCUGUGACAACAUGAAAAAGAAAAAAAGUGGGGUGAUCUGUAUUCAUCCGACCAAGUGAUUCAACACAUCUGCUCUGGGGGAGUGGAAGAAAAGAGGUACCGGUAGAGGUACACGGCUCAGAGCUGUGACCAUGGAGCCUGGCCCCUCUCUGAGUCUGGCUCUCCUCGGAGGCAGCGAGGAAGAAGACCAGCGUUUCCUCCUCCCCCUUGCGGGCAUCUCGCACUCCGCGGCCCCCGGCGCCCAGGGUCCGGGAUCCAACCACUCCAAUCACACGACGCCAUCUAGCCUUGCCCGCCUCAAUGGCAGCAACCCGUCGCCAUCCCCCGCCGCCACGCCGUCGUCCCUGCCCAAGCUGUCGACGGUGGCCCCGCCGACCAUCCCGAAUGCCUUGCACCCCACCAACACCCCGCUCUCUUCCUGCUUGGGUUCACAGCACAGCCUAAGCGGGGACAACUCUCCGAUUUACAACACCCUUUUUUACACCUCCCACUCGCCCUCUAUGGAUCGCGACCGGGACCGGGAGCGCGGGUGCAAGCACAGGCAGGCCAGUCCCCUGGUCCACCGCAGGGACAGCAACCCGUUCACCGAAAUCGCCAUGAGCUCCUGCAAGUACACCGGCGGCGUCAUGAAGCCCCUGAGCCGCCUCAGCGCUUCCCGAAGGAACCUCAUCGAAUCGGACAGCAGCAGCGAAACCAAAGAGGCCGGGGUUUCCGCUGUUGCCGGGGCGAGCGCCACCGGGGGUCACGACCGGCAGCGGGAAGCCCCGCCUACCUCCUCGGUCACCCAGUCCUCCACGAGUCAAGCGCCCAUCCAUAGCCCCCCAGAGAUUGUCAUCUCAUCGAAAGAAGACUCGCCGUACCCCGGGGCAGGAUAUGACAUCAGCGACACCACCUCCAACCAGAUGUCCAUCUACCACCAGAACAACGCCCUGGUGGAGAGUCGCCGGGCGCAACCGGGGAGGGGCGCAAGUCAGGGUGGCUCCGGGACAGUGGGAUCCGGGGUCAGGACCGGCACCAAGGCCCCCAAACGAAAGAAUCAAAACAUUGGCUACAAACUCGGCCAUCGCAGGGCGCUUUUCGAAAAGAGGAAGCGACUGAGUGACUACGCUCUCAUCUUUGGCAUGUUCGGAAUCGUCGUUAUGGUGAUCGAGACGGAGCUGUCCUGGGGUGUCUACACCAAGAGCUCCAUGUAUUCUCUGGCCCUGAAGUGUCUGAUCAGCCUGUCUACAGUCAUCCUGCUGGGCCUCAUCAUCGCCUAUCACGCACGGGAGGUUCAGCUGUUUGUCAUCGACAACGGGGCGGACGACUGGCGCAUCGCCAUGACGAUGGAGAGGGUUCUGCUCAUCGCUCUGGAGCUGCUGGUGUCGGCCGUGCACCCGGUGCCCGGCGACUUCAAGUUCCAGUGGCGGGCGCGACUGGCCUUCUCGUACGCGCCGUCGCAGGCCGAGGCCGACCUGGACAUGGUGUUGAGCGUGCCCAUGUUCCUGCGCCUCUACCUCAUCGCCAGGGUCAUGCUCCUGCACAGCAAACUCUUCACCGACGCCUCGUCAAGGAGUAUAGGUGCACUCAAUAAGGUGCAUUUUAACACGCGGUUCGUCAUGAAAACGCUCAUGACCAUCUGCCCCGGGACGGUGCUGCUGGUCUUCAGCAUCUCGCUAUGGAUCAUCGCUGCCUGGACUGUACGAGUGUGUGAGAGGUACCACGAUGCACAGGAUGUGACCAGCAACUUCCUGGGAGCCAUGUGGCUGAUCUCCAUCACCUUCCUGUCCAUUGGCUACGGAGACAUGGUCCCUCAUACUUACUGUGGCAAAGGGGUGUGUUUGCUGACUGGAAUCAUGGGUGCCGGUUGCACGGCUUUGGUGGUUGCCGUGGUAGCCAGGAAGCUGGAGCUGACCAAGGCCGAGAAGCACGUCCACAACUUCAUGAUGGACACGCAGCUCACCAAGAGGAUAAAAAACGCGGCGGCCAACGUGCUGAGGGAGACCUGGCUCAUCUACAAGCACACCAAGCUGAUGAAGAAAAUCGACCACUCCAGAGUCCGCAAACACCAGCGGAAGUUCCUGCAGGCAAUUCACCAAUUACGCAGCGUGAAAAUGGAACAGAGGAAGCUCAGCGAUCAGGCCAACACGCUGGUGGACCUGUCAAAGAUGCAAAGCGUCAUGUACGAGCUCAUGUCGGAGCUCAACGACCGCAGUGAGGACCUGGAGCGCCAGAUGUUGUCCCUGGAGCAACGGGUGGAGCAGCUCACGGCCGGCUUCAACGCCUUACCGGCGCACCUUUCGGCCACCCUCGGCGCCCAGCACGCCGCCCUGGUGCACCUCCUCCGGGAGAGGGACUCCAGGGAUGGGAGGGAUGCAGGAUCAGGCGCUGUGGUGCCGCUCUCCCCUGCAGCUUCUCGAACCUCCACUCCAGCUACGGCCACACCAGUAUCAACGCCAGCUCUUCCUCCUCCUGCCCCCUCGCUGGCCCCCACAGUGCCCCCUUUGCCCGACCCAGAGGGGAGCUUGCUUACAAGUCCAAACGGCAACACCUCCACCUGCUGAAGAGAGCCCAGGAGAGGACAAACGCAGGGACGAGGGCCCCCGCAGAUGAAGCGAGCGAGAGUGGGCUCGCUGACAAAUGAGCCUCUCAAAUUGAUGAAGAUGGGACAACGGGGAGAAGUAAUGGAAGCGAGAGGGAGCGCCGGUGUGAGUGAU